UCCUGCCCUUCUUCGCCUUAUUAUUUUUAGUCCUCGGCCCUCUCUCUCCUCCUCCCUCUCCUCCCUCCCUCUCCUCCUCCUCCUACUCGCUCUUCAAAAACUUUUACAUCAACAACCUCCCUCCGCCGCCUCCCUCGCCCGACGCCCUGCCCUCUCCUCUCCCACCACCGCCACCAGCAUCUUCACCAGCAUCCUCCAUGACUAUCUUGACGCGUCUUCCCUAGCUUCAACCGCGUUCUGUCUAUACUUUUGACAGCCUCGCAUGAUUUCUCCGUGCGGCUGCUUCUCAACUCCCCUAUUCAGGUAGCUCUAUCGGCUCGCCUCAUAUAACGUAGCGGCUGCGAUGGUUCUCUUCAAGCGCAAGCCGGUGCAGUUUCUGCAGACCCCGCUGGUGGAAGAUGAGUCCGCGGAGGUCUGGCUCAUCCCCCGGACGGGUGAGCUGUUCUUGACUUAUGAGGACUACUUGAAUCGCAUGGACUUUUAUAAACAGCCGCGCUUUAUAUGUCAGAUCACGGGCCACUCGGGCCUGACUUUCUUCGAAGCUCUUAAGAGCGAGCUUGCUGGGGCUCAAGAAGUUGAGCAGGCGUUCCCCGAAGCUCUCAAGGGGCCCAUCCUUCGCCGUAUUCAAUUUCAAACCAUCUCAAGGAUUGAUACCUUGGUAGAUAUGAUCUAUGAUGAAUUUAAGGCCGAUUAUUACCCAGGCGAGGCCGUCACCAUUCAACUCCCCGACGGGCAGCGCUUGACUGGCGUGGUUAGAGACAAGUCUCGUCUGGGGAGUAAGGUUCUGCCUGAUGGCACUCUCACCCAGCCCUACUCGCGCUAUUGCACCAGCAUCGACGGCCGACCUAACGAUGAUGCUGUCGUGGACAGUGAGCAUAUAUACCGCGACAGGAAGAUCUUUACGAAGUCCGUCUUGCGCUCUUUUAUUAAGAAGACUGUCACGCGCGAGACUUGGACCGGAGCACCCUGGUUGGUAAAGCACGAUGUGGCUGCCCAGUAUCAUAUCGACACUCGCGUGCCGCCGCAUUUGCGAUACGACAGUAAGGUGCUCGAGCGAAAGCAAAACCAGGCCCAGAGGAAGGCAUCCCAUCCCGUCAACGGGGUGCAGGACGUGAAUGGCUUGGCCAAUAGUUUUCAAAACCUGGGGCCCGUCCGGCUGCCCGAACUCAAGCCUGCGCCGAAGAGUCACAAGCCGGUCAAGAGUCACCACAACCAUCAGACGCACCGUGAUAUGGACGUCGACCAUCACAAUUCCGGCAUGUUUCCGCAUAGCCACGGGCCUCAUCCGCCGAUGCCGGGAAACAACCCUUUCCAAUUCCCUGUCCCAUUUAGGAACACGAUCCCUCCGCCGCCUCCUGUCGUUUCCCCUCCACAGAUAGAGGCGGCGCCGCCGCCGCCGCCGCCGCCGAAAUACCCGAUCGAGGACCUCCAGCUAGAACCUCGUGAUGAUUACGUCCGCCCCGCGCUGAAGUUUAUGUGCAGCGACCCACCAGAAGGUGUUGUUGACAGCGGGGCUCGAAACGAUAAAAUUCUGAUGCAGUCGAUCGGGCCGUUGCUAGAGACAUGGGACACGCUGAAUGUGUAUUGUGAGGUCUUCAAGCUCGAUUCUUUCACGUUUGACGAUUUUGUGGAGGCGAUGGAAAUCGCUAAUGAGGAUACCCCAUGUGAAUUGUUCACUGAGAUCCACUGCGCACUCCUGAAGCAGGUGGUGGAUUCGGAAAACGACGGAGGUAAGAUACUCGUCGCUCUGCCGGAGCUCGACGAGGACAGCGACGAGGACGAGGAAGAAGGCGCGGCUCCGAGCCCGGAACCGGAGCCGGAACCGAAGCCGACGGGACGUGCGACGCGGAGCAGCCUGGCGAAGCUCGAAGCGGAGAGGAUUAGGGCUGAGGCCGAGGCCGCCGAGAAGAUGGCGGAGCCCAAAGCCAGACAUCGCGCCCCUGACGCCCUCGCCAACUUUAACUGGAUCGAGCAGUUGAAGAAGCGUGAAUUCAAAGACGGCGGUUGGGAGUUGAUCAUUGUCGGGCUACUUAACCAGUUGUCUAAGAACACGCGGCAGACUGAAGCUUGUGAAGAAAUACUUGCUCAUCUCGUACCCCCGGACGUUGAACCGAGCCAGGAGACCGUGCGCGAACACUACUCGAAGCUUGACUUGAACCUGCGCGUCUCAGUUUUGCAGCUGAUAUGCAUGCUUACGAUCGACACUAGAGCCGUUCGGGGAUACAUGGAGGAAUGUGCGGAAACUAUGACAGGUUACCGCAAAGAGAAGAUCGAGUGGCAGAGACAGCGAAAGCAAGCUCUGGAGGACCUGAGGGCGCUUAACGACCAGCGCAAGAUCCUCCUGCCCGACAAUAUGCCUCCCUCCCCCCCGGUCGAAGAGACCGACGUUACUAAAACGAAUGGGGCAGGCGACGUUGACGUGAAGAUGGCCGAUGUCGACGACUCAGCCGAGGACCAUAGCGAAGAGGUCGGCGAGAGCGACGCAGAUGCCAACGCUCGGCGUAGUACUCGGCGAGGUGGUGUUCGAGCAGCCGAACGCCAGCGUAAGCGCGAGGAACAGGAACGUAAAAAGGAAGCCGAACUAGCCGCCAAGAUGCCCAAGCAGUCGAAGCAGUUCGUGAAACUACUCAAGGAUAUCCAGAAGAAGGAGGAUUUCGUCAAGAAAUGCGAGGAGGAGAUUGCUACGAUCGAUAACGAUCUUCGAGAGGCAGAUUGUGGCCGAACGCGAAUUCUGGGCAAGGACCGAUUCUGGAAUCGCUAUUACUGGUUCGAACGCAAUGGCAUGCCGUAUGCGGGAUUGCCUAAUAGUUCAACAGCCGACGCGGGUUAUGCGAACGGCUGCAUCUGGGUUCAGGGGCCCGACGACAUGGAGCGGGAGGGUUACAUCGACAUGAUCCCCGAAUACCAGGAUGAGUACAAGGCCAAGUUCAAGAUGACGGUUCCCCAGAGGAAGAAGAUGGAAGAGGGUCGAACGAGCGUGUUCAACGCACGCCAGUGGGGUUACUACUCGGAGCCCAGCGAAGUCGACUCGCUCCUCAACUGGUUAGAUCCGCGGGGCCUCAACGAGCUUAAGCUGCGGAAGGAAAUACUGAGUUACAAGGACAAGAUCGUCACCCAUAUGGAAAACCGACUGAGGUAUCUCGGGACGGCAGACGAAGGCGACGAAGGCAAGGAGAAGCCCAAGGAAAAUGGUAAGAAGGAUGAACCUAAGCGCAUGAGCACGCGAACCAAGACGCAGGCAAGCCCGGAACCUGCGCAGCACUACCGCUCUCUCAGCUGGACCAACACUGUGGCCAUCGACGAGCUAGGACACCUCCACAGCGAGCCGCCCCCACCGCCAAAGACGAAGUCGCGCAAGGCAUCGAAGAAGGGCCGAAGCUAGAGUACGAGAUGCUCAGUCCCACGCCCUCAGGAGUCGGCUCGAUUCCCGUCGAACGCAAACCCACGUUGAAAAUGCUUCCAUUACUAUCCUUCCUCCACACAUAACCGCAUAGCCGAAUGACGACGAAAUGGUUGAUUACGAUGGAACGUUUUUGCGAAUCCAUAGAAAGGAAAGCAUAAAG